UCUGUCUGACUACGUGAUGCUUUAGAGUAUCUGAAGGCUGCAGCAGCCAGUUAUUACACUAUUAUUUUAGUAUGGAGAACAGAAAAGGGGAUGGGCAGAUCCGUUUCUAUUCUCCAACCAGCCUCGCUUUGAUCCGAUGCGAGAGUGACGCCAUUUCACCUCACGCCGGCUCCUGCAAACACUGAAAAGGGCCUGAUUUUUUUUUAAUUUUAUUUCUACAAUGGUGAAAAUCUUCGUGGGGAACCUCUCACCGGACACUACAGCGGAUGAUAUCCGCUCCCUAUUCUCUCAGUAUGGCAAGAUCUCAGAGUGUGACGUAGUGAAAAAUUUUGGCUUUGUGCAUAUGGAUGACAAAGCUGAGGCAGACGAAGCUAUUCGAAAUCUUCACCAUUACAUGCUGAAUGGUUUGGCCAUGAACGUGGAGAUGAGCAAAGGGAAACCCAAGACCUCUACAAAACUUCAUGUCGGCAACAUCAGCAGUAACUGCACCAACCAAGAACUUAGGGCCAAGUUUGAGGAGUAUGGUCCCGUGGUUGAGUGUGACAUAGUCAAGGAUUAUGCAUUUGUUCACAUGGAGCGAGUGGAAGAUGCUAUGGAGGCCAUCAGUGGCUUGGACAACACAGCCUUCCAAGGCAAACUGAUGAGCGUGAAGCUUUCAACUAGCCGCCUGCGUACCGCGCCGGGAAUGGGAGAGAGAACGGGUUGUUAUCGGUGCGGGCAGGAUGGCCACUGGUCCAAAGAAUGCCCAUUGGACCAGAACGGCUCCUAUCGACAGGGCCCAGACUCUGCAGGAUAUGGGCCCCUCAGGUUUGGUGGGGGUGGCGAUCGUGGCGGCCGGGGUUUUCAUCGCGGCUUCAGUGGCGAGCCAGGCUGUGGUGGCAACUUCGCAUCCUCACAUGGCUUCUCCAGGGGAGCAGGGUAUGGUGUCCCUGGGUAUGGAAGGGGUGCGGGUUUUGAGAGCGCAAUGAAUUAUGGUAUGCCAGCGGGCUACGGCAUUGGCGCGGAAAAUAGCAUGGCCCCGGUGUACGGCAGUGAGGCUGCGUAUGGGAGCAUGGGCUAUAGUGGUGCAUUGCCUGCGUACCCAAUACGCAGACCGCCCUAUGAGGAAAGAGAUCCGUAUGGGGUGGUGGACUUCUACGAGAAGUAUCGGGCACGUCCGUACGGAACCAGUUAUUUUGAAGAUAGACUCGCAGUUCCACCUCCUGUCCCUCCUCCCCCGUCUUCAUCGCCGGUCGUGAGAGACCCAUAUGAGCGCCGUCCCCUGCCCCCUCCUCCAGCUCCCGCCUCUUCAUACUAUGCCCGCGACCGGAGCCCGAUCCGGCGAGUUCCCCUUGAGUCGGAAGGAUACGCGUAUGAGCGAUUGCGCCUCUCCCCAGUCUCUUCGCUUCCCAGGAGUUCUGUGUACGACAUACCGCGGGAUCCAUAUGCCGAGCGGGCGCGCUAUGCUUACUAACCUAAUACCUGUGUACACUAAGGUGAGAUCUUUUUAGUAGUUCAUGAGGUGAGAGCAAAGUUUCAUAAACUGAAAGUACGUUGUCAGAUAGCAGUUAGUUAUAGUAUUCAGUGUAAUGGAAGUCUAGCUGAAGGAUAGUAAUUAAAAUUUCUUAUGUUAUAAUUUUUACAUACAGUAUGAUCUCAAUUAUUAAGGUCCAGCUUAAUGUAGAGGAUAUUUAUGUUACAGCCCACAUUUGUUCAUAAAUACUAGCUGUCAGAAAGUUGAUUGACAUUAUAAUUUUCAAAUUAAUCAUACAAGAACUUGUUUACCUAUGAAAGGUCUUACAUCAUGUUGGCAACAUGGGAGUAUGACCACAUGGCAGUCCAAAGAGUUGAUCACUUAAUGAUUAACAGUUUAAUGGUCUCCUCUCUCUGCAGGUGUUUCUUGGUUACUCAUCAUCGAUCGCUUUAGAAGUUGUGAUGCAUUCAGUUUUGGCUGGAUCAAGGAUACUACAAAUAGCCCACCUCUUGGCACUAAAAUACUUUUAUUGUCUUAGCUAAUGUCACAUUGCCCUGUGAUG